AUGUGUCGCCGCAGGAUGCUCAAUCUUGGCGUGCUCCACCAUUCUGCUCACCUCGGCAUGGGUCUACUCGGUCCCUUCGGCGCGAAGCUUGCUGGACCGGACCUGGAGUUCUGGUACGGCAGUAUCUCCAUUUUCGUUGGGUUCUUCGUGCCCAUUGUCCCGGCCGCACUUGGCCACUUUGGUUGGGACCCUGUCCUGGAUGUAUGUUGGAUCCAGGCUAGCGAUGACAGGUCCCGGAUGCGAAACCUUGUCCUCGACCUCACUCUUGUGACCCUCUUCCGUCAAGGACGUGCCACCGCCCGCGCUCUGUCCAGCGGUGAAUCUUUCAACCUCACCAUGAGUGGUGAGGAGACGCUCACCGAUGCUGCCGGGAAUGAUCUACCGUCACCAAAGAUUGGUGGUCCCAUCGGGCGGUGCCUCGUCCGCCGGCGCAUCUCUAAAAACCGCAGGAAUCAGUUUGGGCAUCUAGAGGAUCGCUUUGUGGGCAUCGCAGUGAGAAUUGCCGCAUACCCCGUUGCCCUAGCUAUCGCGCUGUUUGACCUGGAUACCGACUCACCGGAAGAGAAGGACGAAAGGGUUGCUGCGGCAGCCGCGAAGUCCCCUUCAAAGUGGACAUUCUGGAAGCAAUCGAGACCUGGACCACAAAUCUUGCCGACGUCCUCACCGCGCGCCUCCGAACAACAAGGCUUCUCUAGCCAGUUUGCCGGUGUCCCUGUCGAUGCCCUACCGUCUGGCCUCGACGACGUUGCCGACGAUAUUGUGCAGCCGGCAGUUCUCGCAGAGUCUCAGGCAGUGGACGCCAUGGAGCGCAUGCUCGCCGAGCCAUCACCGACAAACCCAGAGCCAACGUCUCUAAACUUGGCGGAUCGGCUAAAAGCUAUAGACAAGCUUCAACGCCGCAUGGGCAGUGUUGGGGGCUCGCCCAGUGGCACCCCGUCAAGGGAAUUGUCGCGCGCACCGUCCCGGGCCUACAGCGUGCUUCCAGGACGAAUAAUCAGUCGUGAAGAACCAUUGGGACUCACUUCACAGGCGAGAAACCGCAGCAGACAGCAGAGCCACGGUGACCGCCGUCGCCCUUCGGUUGUUGGGCCACGGGUGUGCGUACACCUCGAACAUUAG